AACCCACGAUGCCAGUAUCAGGGCCGGAGAAAUACUGCUCACCCGGUGAGACCAAAGGUUCAGAGGUGUUGAGCUGUGUGGUCCGGUAGAAAGUAACCGACGUUUCAGAGGUGCCUACUGAUGAUGGAUGAGCCCCUCUGAAACGUCGGUCAAUUCCUAAAAACUGCUCCGUGUGUCCAGACCGUCACCGCUCUGUGGUUCACGGUGUCACUGACGUCGUUCAUCGGGCUGUACGCCAUGCUGGUGGCCGUGGGGUGCACCCAGCUGCAGAAACUCAGCGCCGCGCUGCUGGGGGCGUGUGUGGAGCGCGGACUGAGGGACCGAGUGCUCCAGCAUCAGCACAUCCUGCGGUAAGGCACAGCCGGCUCUGAGUGAGGCCCCAAGGCGUCUUUUGCGAGCACACAAACGAGACGUUUCGCUUUGUGUCUGCAGGUUCCUGCGGGAGCUACAGGACACGUACCGCCUGGUGCUGGUCGGCCCGUUCCUGCUCAUUGCCUGUGGGAUGUGUGUCAACACGUUCUCCAUCCUGCUGAGCUGGGGCAACGCGACCGAUACCCUGCAGGCCCUGACGCUCAUCGUGGCUCUCACCUCGCAGCUCUACGUCUACUGCUGGUUCGGCAACGAGCUCACCGGCCAGAGCGCCGAGUUGCGGGAGGCCGUGUGGGGCUGCAGCUGGGUUGGGGCACCCCUCCGCGAGCAGCGCGCACUCCUUUUCAUGAUGGGGUCUGCCAAUGAGUUCACACUGACAGCAGGGGGCAUCAUACCCGCGUCGCGACACACCCUGAUGCAAGUGCUGAACCAGACUUAUUCAUUUCUCAUGUUCCUCAUGAACUUCAUGGAUGACUAA